AGGAAGCGCGAGACGCCAGAAAGAGACUCUUCCCCAUCAACUCUUUCUCACCUUACAUUGCAAUUUUCUGUCGCAACUUUUACAGAAACGGGAUUCUGUUAUCGCGGCCGCACGAGUCGCUUCUGCAGCCAGCGAUGACGGCGUCCUCAGCACAGUCCGCGACCCGCUCGUUUAAAUGCGACGGCAGGAUUUGCCCAGCUAGCUUGUGCUGCUAACGCGAGCUAGCCACAAGAACAGCGACGACGCCUUCUUCCAGCUGCAGUUGUCAACCUCGAUGACCGAUAUGACGAGCACCGUGUUGCAAGUCGGUACCGGUGUUGUCGUCAUCGUGAUCGUUUGGAUCGCAGCUCUUGUGGUAGGGGCCAUUCUGCUGAGAGCCGAUGGAUCGGCAAAGUUAGGAGUCAUCCCCACUACCCUCCUGGCUCUCACCAUCACUCUGGUGCUGGUGUUUUUCCCUCGGAGCCCAGAGACGCCGCUUCCUUUCAAAGAGAUAGAGAUAGUCGACACCUUCUUCAUUGGCCGCUACGUUCUCCUGGCUGUGGUGGGGACAGUUUUCCUGGUGGCGUUCUUCAUGCUACUGCCCUUGCACUUCCUGGCGCCGGUGCAUGCUAAGGCUCUAAGGAUGUACUAGGAGGCCAGCGUCAUUGGCGGCUGCAGGGUCACAUCCCCCCAGAUACAGAAAACAGGGCUGAGGAGGAAGAAGAAGACCCUCUUCCUGUUGUGAAGAGCAGAACUGGAGGCUGAGACUGCUCUGAAAACGAAUGAGGAGAGCCAGCAGUCUCUCAAUGAACUUCUGAAACGCCUUACAUUUCUUUUUUUUUAACUUGUAAGUAGCAGUGUUUGUCACAAAUGUAACUUUUGAAUUGUUUUUUUUUCUUAAUUUCUAGAGUCAGUUUUCAUCUCCUCUAAAUAAACUAAGAGGUGCUGAGUGUUUA